CUCACAUCCCUUCUGUCUACUCAAAAGCAGCCAGAAAAAUUCACUUCCACCAUCAAACACCAUCAUCAAACGCAGUGAGAUUAGUCUCCAUCAAACAAACACUCAACAAUAAUGGCCGCUACCAAAUCCAAGUCCGAUGUCCCUCCUGAAAACCAAGCUCCAUCUAGCUCUAAGGCCGCCGCAAAGGGAAGUCACCGUAGGGGGAGUUCUUCCGUCACCGACGUUUACAAACCAGCUGAACUCAAGGACAUCAUCGGAGAGGAGGGAACUUUAAUGGUUGCCAAAGAGAUCUCUAGAUUGAACUGGAAAUUGAAUACCCAUCCCUCGCAUCUCGAUGACUGGAAAUCUCUCAAGGAAAUCCCAAUAACCACCCCCAAAGUCAAGCUGUUAGACGUUUACUUUCCUCUCGGAUUGCAUGUCACCGCCCGUGCGGGCUCAUCCUCCACUGUUGGUGUUAGUGUCUAUGACGUGCUGGUCGCGAUUCACAAGCAGUUCAAGAAGAAAGCGGAUGACGAACUUGAGAUGCCCGUUCUCGGAAACCUCGAGUGGGGCCGCUCUGAGGAUCUUAGUAGCAAGGAGCACUGGCCUGCUGUUGUCCUUGUGGCGCAGAAGAAGGAGGCGCCCGUUACUGGGAAGAAGAAGAAUUAGUCUUCUUAACACUCUUAGUUGCUAGAUCACUUCUAUAGAGGUUUUCUGAAUAAAUCCUGACCGGUGCCACUUGUG